AUGGAAGGAAGUAUGUCAUCCAGCUCAGUAACGUACAACUAUAAAGAUCCGUUAAACUUGUUGGCUUCGAUUAUUAUGAUUGUGAAUGGAAUCUUUGGUAGUGUCUGCAAUCUUUCAAUAGUCUACAUCUUCAUGUAUGUCCCAAAAGAAAAAACUUCUUUUAAUUUGAUUUGUGUCUUUCGUAGUCUUGGAAACACUAUCAUACUACUAUGGGGAUUUAUUGCAACGUUUGUGCCAAUUACUUUGACAGGCCAAUCGCAAUUCUGGAAACCUUAUGAAACGGUUGUGAUCAUCUCAUGUAACAACAUCUACAUGGUCAUUCAAUACAGUGGAGUUUUUAUUGCAGUAAAUAGGUUUUGUGCUUUGUUUUUACCAAUAGUUUACAAAAAACUAUUUCACAUCAAAACCACUUUUAUACUUACAAUGAUAAUAAUUGCUUUGAAGCUUAUUGAUAACUUGAAUUACCUCAUUACUUUUUUGCCAAUUGAAUGCUUUACAUUUUAUUCUUCCAACAAUCUUGCAUGGGUACCAAAUAUUCAAUCACAUUGCCACAUUGAUGAUAAUGUUCCGAAUCCAUUCAACUCAACUGCAUUUGUCCUUAUUGUUAUCAUCUUCAUAAAUGUUGCCAAUUUCAUCAGGAUCCGCAUGUUUUACAAAUCAACUGAAACUGAAGUGGCAGAAAAGAAACGAAAAAUGAAGAAGAACACUGUAUUGUUUGGUCAAACAUUAUUUCAAGAUUGCAUUAUGUUGUUUGAUAUGCUUUUCACAUUCAAACUAGCAGGCAUCAGUAAGGAAAGAUAUUGGACAUUUUUCAGUGGAACACUUGUAUGGGAAUUAGUUCACUCUCUUGAUGGAUUUGUAAUGGUUAUGUUCAAUGAAAGACUAUCGUUCCUUAAAAAUAAAAUGUUUCAUCCGAGUAAUGAUGUCAGCCACACUCAAGUGAUUAAAGUGGUUUCUGCUCGUUACUGA